AUGUCGGCGCCUCUGUCCGUUACUUCAAUCUCCCAGACCUACUCCCUCGCAGUCUUACUGCGAACCAACACGGCACAGCUCCUCACAACAUACCACAAGUACCAAGGCAGUCCAUUCAGCGAUCGCGGCCUCUCCGACCACGGUCUGCAGUUGACCGGCCUGCCCGUCGCCGCCGCUUCAUUCUGCGCUUGGCGACAACAGAGCGUCGAAGAGCGCCUCGGGGAAAAUUUCAAGGCUUACAGCGCUUAUAUCGAAUUCCUACGGCUGGUCACGGACGACCAAACCGCCUUAAACCCCACGGCGCUGGACUUGUUGAAGUUACUGCGGAAAACCCACAGCCGAAUUCGGAUGCUAGUCGGGAAACUCGCCGGUUUAAUGACCGGCCUGGGGUUGACAAUCCCCGAGGUGGCGGUAGACCGGCUUCCCGCGGGCUCGCUGAGCGCUUCGGAUUGGGAAAGGAAAAUCCGGGGAUACGCCGUUUGUCUGGGACUGACCAACUGGCUUGAGCGGACCGUGAGGGAUUUAACGUUUUUAAAAAAGAAGCACCGGCAAUAA